UUUUCAUACUUGACUAGAUGUGUUCAGGAGCUGACGACUAAGACAAUUAUGGAUAACCUUAAUACAGAUACUGGAGAAACUUCGGACGCUGGAGAAGAAACUGAGAAAAGGCUCUCAAGGUAUAUAGAAAAUGUAUUCCAUUUAGUCGAAGACGAUAAGUUCUGGUCAAAGUUCGGAUGUAUCCUUGAGAAAACGUAUCCUGGGAUAAAAGAAAUUUUAAGGGACAGGAUAAAAGACCUCGAAAAACUUGACUGUGGUAUAGUUGUGGCAGGCGAAACAAGCUGUGGAAAAAGCUCUCUAAUCAAUAAACUUAUAGGAAGUGACACUCUACCUGGGGAUGUCUUAGAAACAACAACUAAAAUAUAUAGGAUAAAAUACUCCGACACAAUUAAAGUGCAGACAUUUAAACAUGGAUGUACGGAAGCCAUCGAUCAUCCUUGUAACAGUUUAGAAGAAUUGCACGCAGUGCUUGAAGAGUUAGAGGACGAUGACAAAAGAGAUAAUACAAUUUGUCAAGUAGAUGUUUACAUGCCAUUCUCAAAAAUACAGAGAGGAAAUGUUGUCUUUGUUGAUACUCCAGGGAUUGGCGAUUCUGAAGACUUUAAACAAAUAUUGGAAGAAUAUAUUCCCAAAGCUGUUGCCUUCAUCUUUAUCGUUGAUGUGAAUAGAGCAGGAGGUUUACAAAAGGACAGGUUGCUACCAAUAUUCUCGACAAUAAAAUCAAUCGCUGGAGAAAUGAAGUGUUUUGACUUUGAAGAUACCUUAUUUGUAAGAAACAAGUGGGACUCUAUAGAUGCUGACCACAAGAAAAAAGAAAAGAUUAAAAUUAAACUAAAUAAACGGAUCAAAGAAGAAUGGCCUUGGGUGAAAGAAAACCAUAUCUUCGAUACAUGUCUAAAAAAGGACUUAACUAAUGUUGUGGACAUUAUUGAAUACAAAUCUCAGUUUCAAAAAUUGGAAGAUUCAAUCCAGGAUCUUAUCAAAAGGAAGGAAAAUAUUCGAAUUCAAACUCAUGGAAAUUAUUUAAAGAGUGUGAUUGAAGACAUUAUCACGAUACUCUCCGACGGCCAGGAUAACAUAAAAAGGGAAAAGGAAGCAAACGAUACUUCAUAUGCACACUUUCUUGAAAAACGCAACAGAAAUAGAGAGUCAAUCAACCUUAUGGAAAAUAAUGAAGACAAAAUAGUCAUGGACAUAUUGACACAUCUCGUCGACGAUCUUUACAACUACAUCAAUUCCGAAGAGUUUUCAGAUCAAAUAUUAAUAGGAGAACCAAAUUUAAGUACUUUUUCAAAAACCCGAAUUGAAGGCGAAAUUCAGAGUCGAAUGGCAGACGCUGUCACAGCAUGGCUUGAUACAAACGUACCUCAAGUUGUUGAUUCCGUAUUUCAUAAAAUUAUUCCGAGAAAUGCUGAUAGUCAUGAGGAGAUGAUUAAUGUAUUUGAAAACCUUGCGGUGGUUUCUACAUUCUGUAACGAUGGAAGCAUUGGAUUGCAGGAAGCUGUUUUAACUGCAGCAAGCGGUUUUGCUUGGGCUGGUUACUCGGCUGCUUUCGUUGGUCCACUCUUACCUGGUGUACUAACAGGACUUGGAUUGUGCAAGGCAGUAUCAGUUGGAAUAAAAUAUGUUUCUAACAUCUUACCCGAAACGGAUGCAAUUAUAAAACUUUCCUUUGAAACACGCGUGGAAUCGAUGGAUAAAGAAUCACUGAAAGCAUUGUUUGUUCAACACUAUGACAAACAUCUGCGUAAAUUUUAUCGAAUCAUUUUUAGAGAACAUAUACCUGCUGUAGAAAGCAAUUUGUCUUAUGCUUUGGAAGAGAUGAGAAAAGAUGCCGAUAGGCUGGAUACAGAGCAUAAUAAUAUCAUAGAAAUGUCACUAAGCAUGGCUGAAUUUCACGAAGACGUAGCAAAAUUGCUUGAGUCAAUAGACACAAAAAAGGUUUGAGUUUAGGAGUUGCUGUGUGAUUAUAAAUUUGGAACGACGUCAGAGCAUACAAUAGAUACAGCAUAUA